AACUACACCAUUUCAUUUAUUUAUCUGUUUUUUUUUUUGCUUUUUGAUAUAUCGAUAUUCUAUAUGAGUAUAAAUACAUUGGUCUGCAGUGAUAACGGCAACAGUUGCUUCAGAUCGAAAGCGUAAACUACUCCUGUCAAUUGUAAUCGAUACUGUUUGCCGGUGUUCAAUACGUAAAUUAAUUGAAAUUAAUAGAAAUUAGUGAAAGCAAGCAAGGAAGUGGCGAAAUUUCUGUGACCAGAUUAAUUAAUUUUUUUUAUAAAUUUUUUUGAAAUUUACGAAUCAAAAAAAUUUGUCUGCUAAAAUAAUGGAGAACACAACAGUUACUGCUUACAGCCACCAGGUGAAAGAUGUUUGCGUCACAUCUGCGGCACACCCACAACGUCGCUUCAAUACCUCAACAAAACCCAGCACUUAUGGCUGUUAUGGCUGUUCACUCUUCGUUGUCGUCUUGUUGACGAUUUUGGCGCAAUUUCUACAGCACACCUCUGCCGCCGCUGUGCCGCAGCAAUCGCGCGUUGUUUCGGAGUCAUUCGAAUCUGCGGAGGAUACUUGGGAAUUGUUGCACGAACUCGCACGUUUCAUACAUCGCGAGCAUAAAACAGGCUAUGCUGAUGACGAACAUGUAGAACGACGUGUCUAUAAGCGGCACAAUGCCGAAAGCUCAUUGGCAACGCGUAAUGACGAGCCUGCGUGGCACAAUGUUUGCGGACGUGAUAACGGCUGGAGUGGUGAUGAGCUGGCUGAGAAUCUGAGUCAGGAUUAUAUUAAAUUGUACAUGAAAAAUCUGCGCGAAACGGUACGUCUCGAAUACAAAAGCCUUCGAAACAGUGCUUUACACGGCAUCGACAUUGACGAUAUGCGCGCCUGGCGGCGACAUGAAAGGAAAUAUAAAUUCCUGCCAACAUUGGAGCGUAAUGCAACAAUUGCUCCCGUUUGCUGGCAUCGCAGUCUACAAAUAUUCAUCGCUUCCUUUGACUAUCUACAUGAAAUACAACAAAAAUGGGACCAACAACACCUACGUACACAGGGUGUCAUCACACACGAGCUGCAGGAAUUGUUGCAUAGCGCUAAGCGUAUACUUUGCGAAAUUGAGACCGACAUAAACGGCUGCUUUCCACGCCGUGACCGACAUGUGGCCAGCAUUCCACGCGACGAAAUGUUUGCGCAAAUCAAUUUCUACACAAAGACAAAUGUUGCCGGGCAACAUGGUGUCCAUCAUACAGAUUUGCGGUUUGUUAAAUUCUUCUAUCAAAAUUAUUUGCUACGAAUUUGGAAAACGCUACCCCGCCACCCUCGGCACAUUGAAAUGUCGUAUACAUGUAAGACAAACACUCACCCGACCAUACUCGAUAGAAGUUUGGAAAAGGAUGCGUCCAUUUUGAAUGCUGAUGACGGUGAUGACUCUGCGGAAGAAGAAAACGAAAUUUAAUAUUAAAAAAUUAAACAUUCCAAAUUACUUAAACAAAAGAUAAAAUUAAUGCAAGCAUGGACGAACUAAAAAGGCAACCAAAUAAGAAGCUGUGAUUUAAUUAAAUUAUUUAAUUUAUAUUUUAUUAAAGUAAUGUUGUAUCUAGGAUUUAAGUCAAAAAGUGAAUGAAGUGAUAGUAAAUUAUGUUCCAUAUAUAUUUAAGUGUAAUUGAAUAUGUAAUGUAAUGAGAAUCUUCUAUAAUAUUUAUUUAACUUAUUUAUUUAUUUAUAAUUUAAUGCG